CUAUAAGUCUAUACCAAUAUAUUCUUCAUUUUUCUUAACUUUUUUAAAGACCUUAUUUUUUAAAAAUAUUUAUUCAUACAUUCAUUCAUUCACAAAUCCAUAGACAUGUGUAAAAGGACAUUGAAGUCAUGCUAAUAAAGAGCAGACCAGUAUCAUGGAUUAUUAGGUUCACUAAAGUACUUUCUCAUAUUUGUGUAUUUGUUAAAUGUUAAACUGCUAAUCACUCUGAUAGGCUAUAUGAGCAGAGGGAUGCUGUCGAGUCAACCUUUCAUAGGUCAUUUGGCCUCAUCAUGCAAAUAAGACUACACACCUGCAGCACCUGCAUGCAAAUCAAAGUCUCUCCCUUUAGAGAAAUCACUGCCUGAUGAAGCUUCUUUCCGAGCUUCAAUCAGUUCAUGUCAGCAGCAGGUAGUAGGCCUACGUCAAUCCUGUGAGUAUUUACCUCAUCACUCACUGAGGAGCCAAAAGAAGCGCAUGCUCUGUGUGCACACACUUCUUCCUCACCUGAGACCUGUUGCUCAGCUGCAGGUUUACUGCAUUAUGCGGACGCUGGUUUUAGAUGUAAAGGAUGCUUGUCUUUAUCACCCAUCGUUAUGUCAAAAAUGAGGAGCGACAGACCUGUCAUGUUAUAACCAGCGUAUAACCAAGCCGGAUGAGAUACUAAAACAAAGGGUUUACACCACAAGUUGCUGUGUAUUUGAUCUCAGUCGGCUUUACCAACUGGAAAAAUUCACUUACUUGGGCUGUGUGCCUACCGGCAGGUAGGUACAGGAUGAUGCUCUGAGUGUGAAGACAAGAACAGAUAAUAAAUCUCAGUGGACCAUCACCAAGGAGACAGAAACUCCAGAGGGUUGCCUGCAGUGUUAGCUAUAAAAAUCUCAUAGGCAAUGGGUAAAUGCUGCAAAUGCAAGGGGAGACUGCUGUGCAUGUGCCUGCUGCCCUGUAUGAUGACUGGCCACCUUCUGAUUUAUAUAAUGGUGUCCAUAUUCGUCACCAUGUCCUACACUCCUCCAAAAAUAACCAUCCACUAUAUUGCUCCGGGGAUUUCUGCGAAUUCUGGGGCUUUGGCCUCCCACCCCCUCAGCCCUUUCUGGAACCUUCGUCUGGAGGACAGCGCACUGUGGAACCAGCUGCAGCAUGCUUGGGACCGUCAGCACAAUCCAAUACUGCGGGGAAAUGCAACUGGGAUUUUGAGGAAGCCAAAGGUUAAGCUUUUAUCACAAAUCGAGGAUGAAUGCCUUUCUGACUGCAUGUCGCACAUGUGCUCAGUCCCUCGUCUGCACGAUCUCAACAGCUUGCCAGAACAAAUGAGGGCAUUUAUCAGGUCAAUGCACUGCAGGGAGUAUCCCCUCCUUAUCAACCAGCCUGCUAUGUGUAGGAGGAACAACAGUAGCUUUGGUCUCGACUCUCCCAUGCUCCUCAUGGCCAUCAAAUCUCAAGUGGGGAACUUUGAAAAUAGGCAGGCCAUCCGUGAAACAUGGGGGCGCAGUGGUCUGGUGAGGGGGGAAUCAAAUAAGAAAGGUGGAUUAGUACGCACUGUGUUUCUGCUUGGAAGGCAGGACUCAAGUACAGGUCCUCAUCCAGACCUCAAAAACCUCCUGGAGCUUGAGAACCAGAAAUAUGGGGAUAUUCUACAGUGGGAUUUCAGAGAUACUUUUUUUAACCUGACCCUAAAGGACUUGCUGUUCUGGCACUGGCUCCAGCAAUACUGCCCCACCGCCAUCUUUGUGUUCAAAGGGGAUGAUGAUGUCUUUGUUCGAACAGGCGCCCUUCUGGAUUACCUGCACAAACAGUGGGAGGAGCACAACUUGUGGAGAGCCUAUACAAAUGAAACUGGCAUGGAUUUGUUUGUGGGGGAUGUAAUUAAUAACGCAAUGCCAAACCGUGAGCCAUCUACUAAAUACUACAUACCGGAAAGUUUCUACAAAGGUGUGUAUCCACCAUACGCUGGUGGAGGAGGGGUGGUGUAUUCUGGCUCACUUGCAUUGCGAUUGAAAGAGGUGUCUGACAGGGUGCGCCUUUUCCCGAUAGACGACGUGUAUCUGGGCAUGUGCCUGCACAGACUUGGGCUCUCACCAAGCCAUCACCCGGGAUUUUUAACAUUUGAUCUCCCAGAGACAGAGAGGGGGAAUCCCUGUGCUUACAGAUCUGUUCUACUCGUUCACAGACGGAGUCCCAAGGAGAUGCUGACACUGUGGAAGCAGCUCCAGAACCUGCCUGGUCAAUGCUGAGGCUCAUUUGCCUGCCAAAUAGGAUUCAUUGAGUACAGAAUGAAUGCUGCUGCCACACUCAUUUGAAAAAUGUACAAACUUUGACUGCAUCUUCAUGGCAGGCAGGUGGUACCCUCUAAAGGUCACAUGCAAUGUACUUUCCCUCUGAAGAGUAAAACUGAGGAGGCAACUGAUCUACCUCAAAGGGUACUUGUAUUACGAGGGCAUUACACAAUAAGGCCACAUACUUGUUACUUUAAAAAAAAAAAAAAAAGUAUGUAUUUGUACCCUUUCAACACGAUUUUACUACCUUAUGCAGAAAAUAUAAUGCCAUGCAUAUUAUUUCAUAAUGUUUGGAGAAAACAUUUCAGAUAUCUUUGCGUUAUGUGCCCUGCUGUUUCCUUUAAGUCAGCUGUGCCAGCUAAUGUGACAUUUCAACAUGUCUCACAUCCACUCUGUCCUAUAUUUAAAAUGCAACUUAUCCUUUUGUGACUCAUUUUGUAACUUCAGUGCUAAUUUAUAGUGAUACUUGACAUUGAUCGUGGUUAUCAUUUAGGCAGGGAAGGUGUAAUGUUCAGAAAAAUUAUUUUUGAAUGUUCUUGUGCUGACAGUUCAAGGUAAUUGAUGUUCAAUAUGGCACAAUAUGUUGCAUAUAUAUAUAUAUAUAUAUAAAAAUGGGGCCUAAGAAAUUAUACAUUGCAUUGGUGUUUUUCCUUCACCGUCUGCACUUGAACUCCACAGUGAUUGAUUUUUCUGUUAUCUGUAAUGGAUGUGCAGUAAUCGGAAAUGGAAAUAACCAGGAAAGCUAUUUCUUGUUUUCCUAAAGGAUUCCAACAAAAAAUGU